UUUUUUUUAAUUCUUCUUCACGAGAGAUAAACUGCCGUCUUACGGAGAUCGAUCGAAGGAAAACAAACUCGCAUGACCGAUAAAAAUAUCCGAAGAGUCUAGCGCUUUUGUUUUGUCAAGGUAAUAUCUAUCUCCAUGAUUAUCAAAAACUACGAGUGAUACGGGAUAAGAUUAAUUGCGUUAAUAUCGAUUAUAAGAAAAUUUACAAAUUCAGAAGAGAUCUAAUAAGCCGUGGAACGAAUCAUUGUUGAAUGUCGAAGACUCCGUUGAACUGUGACUGCGAUCGUCCCGAUCCGAUAAUAUUUAAGAAGAGAAGAAACAAAACAAUCGUUUGUAAUUGUGGCUGGGAGGGGAAAUUCGUUUACGGCGUUUCCUUCACCUUAGCUAUCUUCGAAAUAAAACGCUUUUUCAUGUUGUUACUGGAGAUAAUAGCUGAAUGGCAAGUGAUUCGAUUCGCUGGUGGUUUACGUCCUGUUGUUCUCACCUUGCUCGACAUUAUCGUUGGUUUGCCAACAGCUAUGUUAGCUGUUCGUAUCAUACGCAAAUACAAAAUGUCGCAAUGUUGCUCGAAAGUUAAGAAACUAUUUAAAUGCCUUUUAUUUGUAAUAACGAUGUGCGUUCUUCUAAACAUCGUGACCCUGAUCUCCAUCGGAUAUCAUAUUAGCGUAAAACAGGAAACUCUUGUAAAUUUAUUCAACGCUUCGAUGCAUCUUUACGUUAACAUGGCGUCGUAUAAAUAUGCGAUAGACGAGUUACAAUUCGUGUUCCAAUGUUGCGGCCAUACUUCUUACACCGAUUGGUUUCUUUUCGAUUGGCAGAUGGCGGAUUAUGCGCCACGUGACGAAAUGAUUUAUGAUAACGGAAUCUCCGACGAAGAAUUUCGAGGUCGUGGAGUACCAUUUAGUUGUUGUAGCUUACGUUCGAUGACUCCAUGCGUACACUCCGAGAUGAUGGAUAAGGAUAUUAAAAGUAUCAAUGAAAAUGGUUGUGCGGAAGUUAUCAGUCCAGUUAUAAUUAGGAUCGUCGUGAUAGCAUAUGUCAUGACUACUACAUUGAUCGUCACGCAAGCUCUAUUAGCUUUUUUGAUAGCAAGAGUACGUAAACAAAGAUACAUCAUCGAUACGACCGAUACGAUCAUUCGAUAAUGUCUUAAGGAUUUAUAUUUAUAUGUAGAUGAUCGAUAGAAUUUCUGAAAGAAUUCGAUUUCCUGUCUCUUCUUUGAGCUCGACGGACCGAUCUACCUGUGUCCUUUCAGAAACGAAUAGCUCGAGUAAGAAGAAAAACGAUCGUUAUAUUACUUCGUC